GGUUUCUGAUUCAUAAGUCAGAUAACAUGUAACAACCCAGCGCAGUCAAAAUGGAGAGCAGCCUGCCUGAAGUCUGACUGUGUUACUGGUUUAUCUCUCAGACUGGAGAAGAUGAGUGAUUUAAAAGAAGACAAAGAGGACAAAUCUCCAGUCCCCAGCUGUCUGUCUCUGGAGAGUGACCGGUCUAAAGAGGAACCUCUAGACUUCAGAGAUGAACCUGGACCCUCAGACAGGAAAGGGAAGAGGAAGAGUCCUGUUCCUGUGGAGGAGCAUCUGUCCAGCUGUGCUCUGUGUCAGGACGUCCUGAAGGAUCCAGUCUCUACCAGCUGUGGACACUGGUUCUGCAGACAGUGCAUCGCCUCAUACUGGGAGCAGCUUCCUCCAUCAGGAGACUCCUGCUGUCCUCAGUGUGGAGAAAGAUGGAGCAUUUUACAAACAGAUGGUCUGCAGGAGGUUUUAGAUGAACAUAGGCUCAGUCUGAGGAGGAGAUGUGAACGUGUGACUGAAGGAACUGAUAGAAGUGAAACCCUCCUCAACAGCAUUUUCACUGAGCUCUACAUCACACAAGGCCAGAGUGAAGAGGUUAAUACCCAACAUGAGGUGAGGCAGCUGGAGACAGCUUCCAAGAAAGAGACCCUCCAUGACACUCCAAUCAAGUGCCAGGACAUCUUUAAAGCCUCACCUGACCAACAGACUCUCAUCAGAGCGGUCCUGACCAACGGAGUCGCUGGAGUUGGAAAAACCUUCUCAGUGCAGAAGUUCACUCUGGACUGGGCCGAGGGUUUGGAAAACCAAGAUGUCAGUCUGGUGAUCCCGCUCUCCUUCAGGGAGCUGAACCUGAUCAAAGGAGAGCAGUACAGUCUUCUCAGGCUGCUCCAUGUUUUCCAUCCAACCUUACAGAAGGUCACAGCAGAGCAGCUGGCUGUCUGCAAAGUGCUGCUCAUCUUUGACGGCCUGGAUGAAAGCAGACUUUCUCUGGACUUCAGAAACAGUGAGGUUGUGUCUGAUGUCUCACAGCAGUCCUCAGUCAACGUGCUGCUGACAAACCUCAUCAGGGGGAAGCUGCUUCCCUCGGCUCUCGUCUGGAUAACUUCCAGACCUGCAGCGGCCAAUCAGAUCCCUCCUGAGUGUGUGGACAGGGUAACAGAAGUACGAGGCUUCACUGACGCCCAGAAGGAGGAGUACUUCAGGAGGAGAUCGAGUGAUGAAGACCUGUCCAGCAGAAUCAUCUCUCACAUCAAGAGAUCCAGGAGCCUCCACAUCAUGUGUCUGAUCCCAGUCUUCUGCUGGAUCACUGCUGCAGUUCUGGACCACAUGUUGACUACAGACCAGAGAGGAGAGCUGCCCCAGACCCUCACUGACAUGUACUCACACUUCCUGCUGGUCCAGACCAAGAGGAAGAAGCAGAAGUAUGAAGCGGGACAUGAGACGAGUCCACAGCAGCUGACGAAGGCUGACAGGGAGGUUCUUCUGAAGCUGGGGAGGCUGGCGUUUGAACAUCUGGAGAAAGGACACAUCAUGUUCUACCAAGAAGACCUGCAGCGCUGUGGUCUUGGUGUCACCGAGGCCUUGGUGCACUCAGGACUUUGCACAGAGAUCUUCAAAAGAGAGAGUUUGAUCUUCCAGAAAACAGUCUACUGCUUUGUUCAUCUGAGCAUUCAGGAGUUUCUGGCUGCAGUCUACAUGUUGCACUGUUACACCAACAGAGACACAGAGGUACUGCAGGACUUCCUGCAGGGAGACUGGCCCGAUGAGAACAGUAAAAACAGUUACUAUGAUUACCCAUCCCUGGAUGUCUUCCUGAAGGGAGCCAUGGAGAAAUCCCUCAGAAGUGAAAAUGGCCACCUAGACCUGUUUGUCCGCUUUCUCCACGGCCUCUCUCUGGAGUCCAACCAGAGACUCUUAGGAGGCCUGCUGGGUCACACAGACAACCGUCCAAAGAUCAUCCAGAGACUGUUAGGAGGCCGGCGGGGUCGCACAGACAACCGUCCAGAAAUCAUCCAGAGAGCCAUCAGCAACCUGAAGGAGAUGAACAGUUCUGAAAUCUCUCCUGACAGGAUCAUCAACAUCUUCCACUGUCUGACAGAGAUGAAGGACCUCUCAGUACAUCAGGAGAUCACAGAGUUCCUGAAGUCAGAGAACAGAUCAGAGAAGGAACUCUCUGAGAUCCAUUGCUCUGCUCUGGCCUACAUGCUGCAGAUGUCAGAGGAGGUUCUGGAUGAGUUGGACCUGAGGAAGUACCACACAUCAAAGGAGGGACGACGGAGACUGCUUCCAGCUGUGAGGAACUGCAGGAAGGCCAAACUUUCUGGCUUUGGACUCUCAGAGACUGAAUUUGAAGUCGUGGCCUCAGCUCUGAAGUCUGACCCCUCUCACCUGAGAGAUCUGGACCUGAGUCACUACGAGCUGCACGAUUCAGAAGUGGAGCUGCUGAGUUCUGGACUAAAGAGUCCAAACUGCAGACUGGAGGCUCUCAGUCUGAUAAACUGCAGGUUGUCAGAGAUCAGCUGUGCUGCUCUCAUCUCAGCUCUGAAGUCCAACAUCCAUCUGAGAGAUCUGGACCUGAGUGUCAACGAUCUGAAGGAUUCAGGAGUGGAGCUGCUGAGAGAUCUUCUGGAGAGUCCAGACUGCAGACUGGAGACUCUCAGACUGAGUGGCUGCAGGUUGUCAGAGAUCAGCUGUUCUGCUAUGGCCUCAGCUCUGAAGUCCCACAUCCAUCUGAGAGUUCUGGACCUGAGUCAGAACGAUCUGCAGGAUUCAGGAGUGGAGCUGCUGAGAGAUCUUCUGGAGAGUCCAGACUGCAGACUGGAGGCUCUCGGGUCAGUUCACUGACUCUCUGUUACUGCU